CAUUCUCACUUCAGUCUUCGUCGUCGUGUCAAGAAAGUGAGCUUUUUCCCGUACUACAAACGAAGCAGCAGUUUUUUUUCGCUGCCUUCAUUCCCAUUCCAAUUCUCGUCAUUCGUCGGCCGUUUCGUUCAAUAGUCCGUCGUCGUCAUCAUUCGUCUUCGCGUUUUCGUCUUCGGUGUGUAUAGUGAACAAAUUUUACGGAGGUAUUUUGUCCGCGCGCUCCGCGAUCGGGAUCGGGCUAAUAAAAGUUUCCGCUACUACAAAACUCUACUCGCGCCGCGUUCCCGAAACCCGAAAAAAGAUGGACUCGGAAAUUCCGGAACUUUCCGACGAAGCCGAAGAACAUGUCAAACUCGAAAAUGGCGAUGAGGUUGCAUUACCCCCACGAACUCGUCUCGUGACCACAGCCGAUGUGCAAUCAGGAAAUACGGUUGUCCAAGUGCCGGUAUCGUUACCGGUUGGGACGCUUAUCGGUGGCACUACCUUCAACGUACUCACGCCAGAUCAGAUCCAACACUUUAAGCCGAUGAUCUGCGUGGACAACAACGGUUUUGUAUCGGGCAGUACGGUCGUGGGGGACCUCACCGGAGACCUUAAACCAACGCAUAUCGUAAUCCAGCAGCAAGGAACGGACCAACAGCAACAAGUAACCGCAACACAUGACGAGCAGAGCCUUGUGGACCACCAAAACCAAUCACAGCAGGAGUAUCGGAUGGACAAUAGUGUGAUAGAUCGACUGAACAGUCUCGAUGUCCUGCCAGUGCGGUGCAAAACGACAACCGGGGAUCUAUAUAAGAGCCGGCUCGGUUCCGGGGGUCGUGGAAAGUGUAUUAAACAUAAGGAUGCGUGGUAUACCCCGAGCGAGUUUGAAAACAUCUGCGGUCGAGGGUCGAGUAAAGACUGGAAACGAUCUAUUAGGUACGGUGGACGGAGUUUGCAAGCGUUGAUCGACGAGGGAAUUCUGACACCACACGCCACCAGCUGCACGUGCUCAGCGUGUUGUGAUGAUGAAUCAGCUGCCUCUGGUCCGGUACGAUUAUUUACGCCCUACAAGCGAAGGCGGCGUAAUCAAAUAGAACCAGAACAGCCAGAAAAGAAGAAAAGAAUAAUUGUAAAUAAUAAUACAAACACUAGUAAUAACAACAUCCACAUCAACAAUAUUAGCAACAGCGCCAUCAGCAACACGAGUACUACUACAACCGCCGUAAGCCAGCAGAAUACCACUGUAAGUCAUCACCAUGUUGCGGCUCAGCAACAGCAACAACAACAACAACAACAGCAGCAGCAGCAACAGCAACAACAACAGCAAGUGCAACAACAGGUCCAACAGCAGCAACAACAGCAACAAGUUCAACAGCAGCAGCAUCAAGUACAGCAACAGAUUCAUCAAGCUGCAGCUACCAUCAACGCAACUCCCAUUAUCACCAACAAUACCAGCACCACAACAACGACCACCACGGUAAAGGUAGUCCAGCAGGAGCAACAAGAGAUUGAAAACGAGCUCGCAAUCGCCACCAAAGAAGAACCAUGGCAAACCCUUACCGAAGGAAUCGAGAGUGCCACCGAAUACGUCGAUCAAUCGACUCAGUUAAUAACGGAAACGAAUCUACCGUUUGAAAAGCUGAAAGCACUGUGCUCUCAAGUGUCGAAGGCCAUGCAGGAGAUGAAGAAGUGCAUCGGUGAAGCCCGCGAAGUACACAACCGCCAGUUGGAGCGGUUACAGCGUGAGCGAGACGCUGCCAUCCUGACUGUGACGCAGCUGGAGGAGCAGAACAAUAUCAGUAGUCAAUUACCACCCGGUUCAGUUCAUGCCAACAAAAAGUGUGCCAACUGCAAUCGGGAAGCACUGGCCGAGUGCUCGCUCUGCCGGAGAACGCCGUACUGUUCGACCUUCUGUCAACGAAAAGACUGGAUUACGCAUCAAAACGAGUGCGUGCGAAGUACGCAGGAAGCUACGCAUCAGAUCAUGCUGAUAGUGGAUGAAACUCAAUAACCUUUAAUUUUCUAAUUGCGACCUGCGGUUCGGCGUGGUUGAUGGGAUGAGAGAUCUGGAUCGAUUCUCAGUGCUGCUGCCAUUACGGUACCUUAGAAGCGAAAGGUAUUUAUAGUAAGGAUUCGGGGCAAAAUCAGUCAGCAGCACCUGUGCACCACUGUUCGCCGCGGCUCCUCGAAGGUUUGCCAUCUUCGUUGGUCGCAAUGUAUCAAUGGGCAAUGUUGCCAAACGGGCGGCACACUACUAUUGAAAUGAAGAAAUUUUUAUAUUUAAAUAGCAAAGUUUAAAUUUUGUUUUUUAUAUCUAAAUGUGGAAAACGAACAGAACUGGAUUCACUCAAAAAAGGGACUUAUCGGUAGAGGCCGAAGUGAUCUACCCUGUUCAAAGUAGAUUUUUUGUUUUCUUUUUUAUUAGGAAAUUGCGAGGAAGUACAUAUAUAUUUAAUUAUUAAAGUGUGUACGUAAGAACACGAAGAGAAAAGAAACUUUAUUUAAAGAAUAAUUAUCAUUUGAAUAAUAAGAGACGUUAACUCUUAA